AUGGAGAAUGAAGAACGUCAAGAAAGAAUCUGUAUAGAUGGUCAGCGUUGGUUCGCUUGCGGGUGCCAAGACGCCAGUAAAUCGCAGCGCAAUUCCGCGGUUCCAAGGGCCCAAGCCACAAGGGAACAGCGCGAACACAAGAAUCGCAAUACAUUGGUGCAGGAUGGGCAUGAGUGGCUGCCAGGGAUGUGUACUUACUAUCUGACUGGGGAAGGCUGGGUAGGUGACAGUCCACUUAUUGGGACACAACGCGAAGUGGGAUGA